AUGACCACCGAACUUGUUUACUCACUCAAGCUGCUGAAGUUCACAGGCGGUGGAGGAGUUCCAUUCCACGAGUCUCUGGCGAGAAAAAUAAACAGAAGGCAGACAAGGAUUCGAUUUGGACUUGACCGAUCAUCGGGCAGUUCAGCUGCAGUGUCGGAUCGGAACACGGUGUUUCCGGCGUCGAUCCGUUUGCAGAGCUGCAGUGUCGGAUCGGAACACGGUGUUUCCGGCGUCGAUCCGUUUGCAGAGGGAGUUAGUGAGAGCUCGAUUUCCGGAGAUUUCUACCUUCCGUUGCUCUCGCUCUCGAAUCCCGAUGGAGUUGGAAAUUUGCAUGAAGGGGUUGGUGGAAGAGCUGAAUUAUUGAGGUUGAAGGCGGUGGAGGGAGUUAGUGAGAGCUCGAUUUCCGGAGAUUUCUACCUUCCGUUGCUCUCGCUCUCGAAUCCCGAUGGAGUUGGAAAUUUGCAUGAAGGGGUUGGUGGAAGAGCUGAAUUAUUGAGGUUGAAGGCGGUGGAGGUUAGUGGUGGGGGUAUCUUCUAG